UCUAUGGCGGGCGGUGAGGGGGAGUCAUGGCGCCGCAGGCGGCGAGGCUGGUCCCGAUCCCGGUCCCGCACCCGGUCCCCGGCCCGCAAGCGGCUGAGGCCGCUGCGGACUGUGGUAGCGUGGAGGGGCAGGGCGGAGUGGGACCAGGUGAUGGUGGGGCUGUACUGCGGGGACAGCCGGCUGCAGCAGGAGGCCUUGGACCGGGUCUCGGCCUGGAGGAGUCGGUACGGUCCCAAAAUGCCUCUUGCAGUGGAUUGCACCGCUGAAUUGAUCCGUUGUAAGGUCCUGGACUCAUCUGGCAGGUUGAAGUCACAUGAGCUCAUCCUCUCUUAUGGGCUGGCUCUUGUAAGAUUUGUCAACUUGAUCACAGAAAGGAAACAGAAAAUGGUCAGCAUUCCUCUGAGGCAACUAGCAAAAGAGGUGGAUAUCCCUAUCUGGGUCGUGGAUCUUCGUCACGAGCUGACCCAUGGGAAGCUGCCACGUUUGGCUCUGUGCCGCAAGGGUUGUGAUGUUGUACUGGACUGGCUGCGAAAGACCUACUGGAGCCGUCAGCUGGGCAGUAACUUGCAUGAAGAAAGUGAGGAUGAAGAUGAGCAGGAAGAAGUGGAAGAAAAUGCAGAGUUGGACAAUGAUGAAUGGGAGGCUCAGGCCCCACAGCACGAGGCCUGUCAGAAACACAAGGAAUUCCAUGAAAAAGUCAGAGAUGUGCUGCUAUCCUACAAGAAUGAGCAGCUUCGGGUUAUGCAGACUGCACAAUCUGUUUCAAAGAAUCGAGAGCAGUGGUCCGAUACCUCUUCAGAAGUGGACUGGAUUCUGGCUCAGAUCAAAGACCUGAUGCAAGAGAACAGAGAGACAGUGGCUGAAGCUCUUCUCAGAGAUGGCUUUCUCAUCCCAAAGAUGGACUGUCUGAAGAUGCUAAAUAUCAAGUAUGAAGCAAAUAAGGAGUUAUGGCAGUUCAGAAUUCCUCAGACAUUUUACUGCUUUUGGCAGCCUUUGCUGACAGGCCUCCUUUCCCGAAGUUUUACACAGAUCCUACUAGAGAAAAUGUUUAUGGAGCUGAAGGAAUGUUCGGACUCUUCAGAACUCCGGCCUCAGUUCUUAAUCAGUUGGAUAUCUGAGAUGCUGACUGGCAUUGCUAAAGUAAAUGCUGGGAAGAAAAGACAGCACUGUAACAAACAGGUGGCAGUGAAGGAGCUCUUCCUUCAGAAAGUUCCUUUGCAGUGGAUAAGACUGACUGACAGUUGCUUGGAAGCUCCCUGCUGGGCAACCCCACACCUUCUUCAGCUGAUCUUCACAAUCAUGAGACCUCGCUUGCCACGUUCUUCAAGGAAGAACCUUCUCUACCUCGCUUCCAUUUACACAGAAGGAGGUGGGCCCUUGUCCAGCCCAGGCCUCUCUUCAGACAGCAGUGAACAGCCAAUUUACACUAUAGAGAGCUUACAGUGGAAGACCAGGCAAGAAAAUCAGGUUAAAAAUCCAGGUCAGACUGCAGAGAAACAAGAUGAUGUGCUGGAGAGAGACAACAGUGUAGAGGAGGUGGAGGAGGAGGAAGAAGAGAUGGUAACUGAAACAAAUCCUUUGGAAGGACUUGCUCAUUCUGGUAACAUGGCAGCUAUUGCUGAGAAAAGGGCAGCACUGCAAGGGUCUGCUUGGCAGAUCACUGCAGAUGAAGUUCGAUGGCAAGACUUUCCUCUUGGGAAACUCCCAGGUCAGACAGAUGACCCUGAUGGUCUCAUGUUGGAGAAUUAUUCCAUGAUGUCCCUGCUUGACCAGCCAGUGAGAGAUGAGUGGAAGUCUCCCAAUACAAACUCUGCAGAACUGAAUGUUCCUGUGCCAGGAGGAUUGUUGUGGACCCAGAGUGACUUCCAUAAAAUCAAAAGUGGCCUUCAGCUCUUCUGAGACAGCAGCAUGCUCUGUGGCUUCCAGGAUUGCACAAGACAAGGGGCAUGGGAGGACUGGUAAUGGUGAUGGGGAAACAGCCAUUCCAAGAUGGGUGUUUUUGGUGAAGAUUUACUGAUAUUUACUGUGUAAAAUCAGUGUCUUCUGAAGAAGGUGUUUUAAGUUCCAUGUGUGGUAACCAUUGUGUUGCUUAACCACUGUCCUGAACCGUUAGCUCUAGUUGAUGUUUGCCAGACACAGUCACAGUUCUUCAGAAUCCCUCAGUGCUCCCUAAUGUUUUUCAUGGUUAAUAAAUGCAGUCACCUGAAGGCAAAAGUU